CGGAGCCGGAUGUUGGCGGGUUUCUCCUGCGAGCGGGUUCUUGGUGCUGCUUAGUGCAGAGACGCUUCCGUCCAGCUGUCGCCUCCUUCUGCGUGUCCCGUCCCCCCCCGCUCUAGGCCCCGGCCCCUCCCGCCCUCCUGUCCCGGGUCCUCCGCGGCGCUCCCUUGGGACUCGGCCCUGGCCGUUGGUGACAGGAUAUGUAACAUGACACUGAUACUCUGGACAGGUAACUUUAAUUGUUCGAAAGCAUUACCUAAUAAGGGGCAUCCAGGUAACUGCCAGUAAUGAGCACCUUUAUUGUUUUAUGCUGUAGGAUCAUAUUGCCAAAGACAUUUUUUGUAAAGCCUACAUCAUAGAAAAUGUAGCUUAUAUUGUGAUCACGUUUACCUUUUUGACUAAAAAAAUCAUUUUUACAAUUUUGAAAAUGUUUUCAUACGGAUAUUUAAAGGGAUAUUGUCAACUUGACUGUUUGAAUUAGCUAAUUGUUUAAACAAAUCUAAAACCAACACAUACUAUUUAAAUUUAAAAAAAAAUCUUAAAUUAUUGGGGUUUUUGUUGUUGUUUUUUGCUCCUUUACUAAAGGUUUUUAUGGUGGGCACGAGAGCAACAACUCUGAAUGUACUUAAGCUGGUCCCUUCUAUUUCCCCUCCCUCUCUAUGCACAUGCUUGCCUGCUGCCUCUUCAAUGUCAGCUUUGCUGCUGCUGUACUAGUAAACACUUCCAUGCAAGUGCUGGGGAAGAGUGUGCAUGUGAACUGUCUCCAGAGUAGUGCAUGAGUCUUGUGGUUGUGCUGAUGCAUGAGAAAGAGAGUGUGCAACUGAUCAUCAGUGAAAGUGUUAGAAUGCUAUCAUGUGGACAAAAUAAGCUGAAAUAAUAGAGAAAUGAUGUUUUCCUCUAAUCUUUCAGUUAUUGUAAUAUGUGUAACAGUAGGUACACAUUUUUCAGAGAGAAAUGAUUUUUUUUUUCUCCCAGUUGACUGUAUCAAGUUAUUAGUCUGUUUUUUUUCCAAUGUAAAAUGUAUGGGUAUGCAGUUGCCAGAACUAGUGGGGGAAAGAAGUCUAGAAAGGACUGUUGUAAAGUCUGUAAAAACCUACCAAAAUGAAAUACCUUUAAUAAGCCAAGGGAGUAGCGUAACCUCAAUGCAACUCUCUAGACAUCCUUGUUGAUCAAGGACAAUGACUCGAAGUGAAACAUUUCAAACUGAUGAAAAUAAAUUGUUGGGUCUAUCUUAGAGUUGUUUGCUACAUCAAUCCUAUUUUUAUAUGUAACUAAGUUUCCUUUUAUGUGAUAAAAAAACUUUGGGUGAAAUGAGAAACAUCCUACACAAAAGUACAGUUCUCUCCCUCCUCCUUGCAUCCCAAUGAUUUUGUGAACCUGGUUGUGACUAGUUCCUUCUAAUAAACCACAGAUAAAAGAGCGUAAGGGGGCAAUGCGAAGUACCCAGUGAGACUUAGUGGAAGCAUUUUAGUGAAGCCAAGAUACUGUUGUAGCCUGGGUUUUAUUUUAGAUUCAUUGUGGGUUUGGUACUGGAAGUUUAGUGGGACUCCUAGAACAGAUGAUACAUCAAGGGGCCCAAAACCUCUAAAAAUAAUCUUUGUAUUUUAAGUAAGGAGAGAGAGAGAGUGUGUGUGUGUGUGAGAGAGAGAGAGCGAGAGCAAGCAUUCAAGCCUUAACUAACGGUUGGAGUCCAUCAGAUUUUUUUUAACUGCAGACUGUUUUUUUACACUGAUUUUUAUUUAUAUAUAUAAAAAUCAAAGCAAUUUGAAGGACAUUGUCUACUUAGUCCAUAAUUUUCAUUUAUCAUAGGCACCUCAGUGAAGUUAUUUCCUUGAAGUAAUGCCCACAGAAAGUGGAAGUUGUGCAACUGCUCGGCAAGCAAAGCAGAAGCGCAAAUCACACAGUCUUUCUAUACGAAGAACCAACAGUUCUGAGCAAGAAAGGACGGGAUUGCAAAGAGAGAUGUUGGAAGGGCAGGAUACUAAACUUCCUUCAUCUGUUCGGAAUACACUUCUGGAGCUUUUUGGGCAAAUAGAGCGAGAGUUUGAAAACCUUUAUAUUGAAAAUUUGGAAUUACGUCGAGAGAUCGAUACACUUAAUGAGCGCUUAGCAGUUGAAGGACAGACAAUUGACGGAGCUGAACUGAGCAAAGGACAACUGAAAACAAAAGCCAGUCAUAGUACCAGUCAGCUUUCACAGAAAUUGAAGACCACUUACAAGGCAUCUACCAGCAAGAUUGUAUCCAGUUUCAAAACUACAACAUCGAGGGCAAUCUGUCAACUGGUGAAGGAGUAUGUUGGCCACAGGGAUGGUAUUUGGGAUGUCAGUGUCACGAAAACUCAGCCAGUGGUGUUGGGGACGGCAUCUGCUGACCAUACUGCCUUGCUGUGGAGUAUAGAAACAGGAAAGUGCCUUGUCAAAUAUGUAGGGCAUGUUGGAUCAGUAAAUUCUAUAAAGUUCCAUCCAACGGAGCAAGUAGCCCUUACAGCAUCUGGAGACCAGACGGCUCACAUUUGGAGAUAUAUGGUACAGUUGCCCAUGCCUCAGCCAACAGCAGACUGCAAUCAAAUGUCUGGGGAAGAUGAAAUUGAGUUUUCAGAUAAAGAUGAACCUGAUGGAGAUGCAGAUGGUUCCAGUGACUGUCCCACUAUCCGAGCUCCCUUAACUUCCCUGAAAAGCCAUCAAGGAGUAGUCAUAGCAGCUGACUGGUUGGUUGGAGGGAAGCAAGCUGUAACAGCUUCCUGGGAUAGGACAGCAAAUCUGUAUGAUGUGGAGACAUCUGAACUUGUCCAUUCACUGACAGGGCAUGACCAAGAGCUAACCCAUUGUUGUACACAUCCCACUCAACGUCUUGUGGUGACAUCAUCACGUGAUACAACCUUCCGUCUGUGGGAUUUCAGAGAUCCUUCUAUCCAUUCUGUGAAUGUCUUUCAGGGCCACACAGACACCGUGACAUCAGCUGUUUUCACAGUGGGUGACAAUGUUGUUUCGGGUAGCGAUGACCGUACUGUAAAAGUCUGGGACUUGAAAAAUAUGAGAUCUCCUAUUGCUACUAUCCGUACAGACUCUGCAGUGAACAGGAUUAAUGUAUGUGUUGGCCAAAGAAUCAUUGCCCUUCCACAUGACAACCGUCAGGUUAGAUUAUUCGACAUGUCAGGAGUGCGAUUAGCACGGCUCCCUCGCAGUAACAGACAGGGCCAUAGAAGAAUGGUUUGCUGUUCAGCUUGGAGUGAAGACCAUCCAAUAUGUAACCUAUUUACCUGUGGGUUUGAUCGUCAAGCUAUUGGCUGGAACAUCAACAUCCCUGCCUUGUUACAGGAAAAAUGAGAUGCUGGAAGAAUUUUUGCUUUUGUUGCCAUGGACUUGUAAACUUUUUUAUUGUUGCAGACUCUUCUGAAUAUUAGUCUGCCUUCAUUGUAAAAGUUCUCCCUUAAAAGGAGUGCUUUGUUGUUACCACAUUGUGCACCAUUUGCAUGUAAUGUACAGAAAAUGUGACUUUUUUAAAAAUUAGUUUGUCUUGUGUAUGAACUUUUAUAUCUUGGCAUCCACUGGUCAGUAGAAAGGAGUUCACUGUUAUAUAGAGCACAUAAGUGUUUGUAAGUUAUUCAGCAUUUGCUAGAUGAACAGUAGGGCAUUACAUUUGUGACUUAAAUGUGAAAUUUAUAUACUUAUUGUGAAGAAUAUAUAGUAGUCUAUUGCAUUUUCCAUAAUUUUACAUAUCUGCCUUGUGUUAAAAGGAAUCUGCAGGGCUGAACUUCAAGAAGUGUGAAUUUCAGUAAUAGUAUCAUGUUAAACAUUUUCUUGUUUGCAUCUGUCUGAAGUAUGAUUUUUAGUGCUGCAAUGUAGUGUAACUUCAACUCCAAUUUUAUUUCUAGUUACUGGAGAAAUAACAUGGAUUUGAGAAAGGAAAAAACAAGCAGCCUCUUGUAGUGUGCAUAGAAUGCUGCGUUAAAACAUUCAGGAUGUUUUUGCACAUUUCUUUUGAAAAAGAACAAGAAAAUGUUCAUUCUGCCCUUCAUGCAUAAAGCUCAUUCCAAUCUUAUAUCAUCUCAUACUAGCAAAAAUCCAGAAUAUUAUGAUUCUAAUCACUGAAAUCUAUUCAAGCAAAUUUUUAAAGCACUUUAGUUUAUAGCUAUUGUUAUAAACCAUUUAUGAAAGUUUCAGAUGUUCCACUGAAUGUGAGUUGACUUAUAUAGGAAGGAUUUGACACUUUUUGGUUACCUACCCCAAAAGGAAAUUUUGUUUGUUUUUACACCUUCAAUGAACAUGUUUUUAAAUGGGUUCAUUUCCUUAGUUUUAUUUUGAGCCAGCAAUAUGAAGUAAAUGAGUACUACCUCAAAAAAUGAAUUUCGGUCAGGAUAAAUUGAGUCUUUCCAUAACCUCGAGAAAGUGCUUUUGGUCUGUGUCUGAAAUACUGUCUUUAAGAUGAAGAAAGACAAUCAUGCCAAAUGUGAUUUUUAAGAUAAUUAACACUUAAGGCUAAUGGGGCAAUACCACAGAUAAACACCAUGUGUCAUCUUUGUUCUUUCAGCUCUAACUAGGGCUGCUGCAGUCCCUUCUCCAUUCCAGAGGGAAUAAUUCUGUAGCUUUUCACUCCUUACUCCCAAGUGAUCUUACACUGGCUUUCCUCCUCAUUGUGUUUAGCCUUGUACUGGCAUUGUGUUGAGUUAUUCCCAGCUGUUGCUCAAAUAAGCAAAUGCAUAUGGCAGCUGACAUUUUCAGAAGGAAGAGGAAGGCUGCUUUAGACCGACCUUUUAGCUCUGCCCCUAAGUGUGUGACAUAUCACAGCAUAAGAUGAAAAAUCAAAGUAAUUAGAUGGUGGCUUCUUAUAUAGUAGGAUAUUUAAAGUGGAGUGCCAUAAGAUAUUAAGUAUUAUGAUCUUCUAAUCACAUUCUUAUGAUUAUAUGAAACAAAAGCUGAGCUUGAGUCCUCUACAGCACUGCUUAGAGUGAAGUUGAGAGGCUGAUUUGUUAACCGGAUCUUUCAUUCAUUAGUAUAUGAAGGCAAAGAGGUGGAGUAGGAGGGGAGAAUAAGUGCACCAUUAAGUAAUUAUGAAAAAAUUGGGGUCCUAGCAGUAAGCUGAAGCAUAAAACUAUGAAAGGAUAAUAAGGGGUGAGGUGGUUAAUGGAGAGACUAAAAGAGCAUACAUGUGGCGACUUCAUAGAGCAGAACAUCUUACAGUAGCUUGAUUUUUCAAAACACUUGUUUUUCUGAGUAACAGUAUAUAUGUAGACUGUGAGUCUUUCAGAAUUGCCACACUUUCAUACCUGCUAGUGAAGAGUUCAGAUGAUCAGCUGUAGGCUUUAAUUGCUGGUAUCAGAAGACUUUUAUUUAGAGGACCCUGUCACAGUAUCUACGCUAAUUGUCAAGUGGUUUUUUGUUUCUAACAAUUUGGAAGAUAGAAUUUAAACUCUCAUCAGAUUUUUUUUUUUUACUCUCUGGGGCAUACACACUGGGUUGGUGUUGGGCUACAGACAUGUUUUUUACAAACAAGACUAAAACAUAUUUUUGUUAGAGAGGAAGGAAAAGAAACAUAAGCACAGAUGCAGUCUGGAUACUUAAAAAAAAAAAUUCACAUUUUGCCAUGUGCACCUCCUGCUAAUAGAAUCAAAGCAGCUUCAGGUUGGUCCAUAUCCAGUAUCCCGAGCAAUGAUUAACCAUUUAAUUUGCUUGGACUUGACAAACUUAGGUUGGAGGAAAGGUUAAUAGUGUGAUUCUACUAUCCCAAACUGUAUUUAACAUAUACACAUGUAACACAGCCAUUAGAAUCUAUGCAGUUUAAUUGUCAUUGUUUCCAGUGGCUGCUGACCUUUAUAUCACCAGAGUGAUCAAGCUCUGACAUCAGAAAGGAGUAUACACUUAUUUCCUCUGGGGAUGGAGUGGAGGAACCAACCAAGGUGCUAGAGACAGGUUCUCAGGAGCAGACUAAUACUUAAUCAGUUGAAUGACUGUACCAUCUUUUAACUUUUAUAUAUUCUACUACUUGGAUGAAAUAUUGAGGCCAUACAUUUCCCCUUCCAGUAAGGCAAAGAUUGGUGGUGGACAAUGUUACGCUGACUGAACAUGUGUAAGCAUUUCAGUUUUGGUCAUGCAUGGAAUCGAGAGUGUUCAAAAGAGAGCUAAUCAGUGCUGAACUAAUUAUAUCCAACAUUUCAUAAAAUGGAGGAAAGUUGCUGUUACAUAUUUUCAUUAUUGAUGCAGAACUUCACUUGAAUGCAUCACUGGACAAACUCUAAGAUCUUUUGUGAGGGGGAGGGUGUUUCCCCAUAAGCAGUGAAUAUUGGUUUUCACAGACUCAAAUUCUGUACAUACUUUAGAGUCAGAAUAAUUUGGUGUGAAACAUCUUAUUUGUUGUCUAAGUCUGUGAAAGCCAAUUUUUUUGGGGGGAAAAAUCCUGAAUUUAUAAAUAUGUGAAACGACUUGUUUUUAUUUACUUGUAUUCUGCUGAUUGCUUUUAGAUGUUUAGUGUUUUCUUCAUUACAGGUUGAAAAUGCAUUAAAUCAUUCAACAGAGUUUUGUAACUUGCUGUUCAUAAACUCUGUCCUUAUUACCUUAGUGUUGCUGUUACCUCAGUAUUGCAGCCAAUGGGAAAGCAAUCAAAUGAUUCCCCACCACCAUCAUAAUUUUCAACGCUGAUCUUUCUUCUACUCUAGUUCGGUUUCCAAGGCAAUGGCAGGCAGAUUGCUGCUGGAAAAGGGCUAAAGCUGUCCCUGAAAAUAUGACUUGUGUUGUAAUUUGCUAUGCUGACAGUUCAAUAUAGAUUUAAAAAGGGCUCAAAUGUCUUUUAUUUCCAUUUUUUUUCAAAUUCCAUAUAAGCAAAUCUUUAAUUGCAUCUUGUUGCACAGGUUAUAAACGCCCUUUUUUAAAAAACGUUGUAUGAAAUUGAUUUUUGUGCUUAAAGAAACUAGUUAAAAUGAAUACAGUACAAUUUUAAUUUACCACUGAUAUCACUUACAAUAAACUGAGAUGAAGAUUAA